AUGUUGAGUCUGCUGUUGGUACUGGGAGUGAUUCCUUUGGUGUGUACUGGUAAGUUUGGUAUCAUCAUAUGGUGUCUGUAAACUUUUGAAUCAACAUUUGUUUUGGUUACAGUAUGACUUUUACUUUUGAUUUGUGGUUUUGUCCUUCUUUGUUAUGAUGAUAACUCGACAUCUUAACUCUUUUUUGUCCAAAAUUUAUUUUUUGCUUGCUAAACGUGCAUUUAUCUUGUUAUUUAUUACUUUUUUAGACGUAAUCUCUCCGAAUUUUGUUGCGCCGAUAUCAGAAGGUCUUCGAAAACGCACCGCGAUCGUUCCAUAUUCGGAAUACGAGAAGGAGACCGAGCAAAGACACCGUCAGAUCUUCUCCAGCACCACGGCCAAGCCAGAAACCGACCCCGUUCUUCUGUAUUUGCCUCCGUUUGACCGUGCCCGAGGCGAUGAGAUCGCUGGAACGAAUGCUUUAUCUGAAAGGUGAGAGGGGUCAGUCAUGGGGAAAGAACAAGAUCUAGGUCAUCCUCAGUAACCGAUUUGUCCUUUCGAACGAAAAAGGGAAAGUGAAAAUGAAAAGGAUAAUAAAUCGUCUUACAGAUCCUCGUCCGCUGAAUCAAAGCAAACAAACUCUCGAGAAACCAAUUAUUCAACCAGUAAUCGACGAAAUCCAUUGCCCUACAAGAAAUCUAUGUAGGUGAAUCGUUCUGAUGUCCACGAUUUUUAUGAUGUUUAAUCUUUUUAGUUUCCGUCCAAAGACUACACAAAUAGCCAAGAACGCCGAGCCCAGAUUUCAGGCAAGUCGAGCGCAGAAAUAUCAGCGCCCAACGGAAACAGAGAAGCCACCCUUUAUUACUCCCACUUCUGUCGUCGAACAAGUCCCGUUAUUGAACAACGAAUUGGAUCUGGAACAGCCGGUAUAUAAGAAUGUCCAGCCAGCUCCCUUCCCUCCAUUGUCCACAAAGCCUUCCAAUAAUAUCGUCGAGAGUAUCUUUACCCAAUCUCAAUCCAAUCUGAGGCAUGCUCCAACUUCAUUCGCAGGGCUCCACUCUCCUGUCAGUCCUAUUCAAACUGGCAUUGCGGGUAGUCAACCUGAGGCGCUUAGUCCGCUGACAGCUCUAUUAGGAGGGGGCUCACCCCUUGAACAAAUCUCAAAGUUGGCCAGAAAUCUGUUGAGUUUACCGGCAGGAAAUAAAGAUCUACUCACAGCGAUGACCAAGGCACUGGGAACUGGGACGGCGGCUGAGGGAUCCAAACUAACGAGUACUGCCGUUGGAGGCCUCCCCAAAUUGGGUGGAGAGAUCGGUUCGCUUCCGGAUACUCUGUUUUCUAGUGCCAAGGACGAAGAGAAGAACAGUAAGUUUAAUCUUUCAAUUUGAAUUCUCAUCAUUCAGGCACUGAGAAUGCGACAGACUCUUCCUUGAUCAACAUCACUGAUCCAGAGCGUCUUUUGGCUGCCGCUGUGGCUGCCGGAGAAGUCGAUGCAUCUCUUAUCAACGAAGCCAACAAAACGCGGAAGCCUUCGGCCAAGAUUGUGGAUUGGAUUCAACAGAAUCGCCCUAAACAAAGCGUUCUUACGGCCAAUGACAAGUUGCCGUAUUACGGGAAAUAUUGUGGAAGUUUAAUUGAGAAUCAUAAACUGGGAAUCUACAAUGUGAGUGGAGCUGUUUGGGCGCUGGAUAAUAAGCGAUUCCUCAUAUCCAAAUUUCAUUUUAAACCGACUUCAAGCAACGGUGAGUGUAGCUGAAUUUUUAAAUAUGGUCUUAGAUAAUGUGACAUUCUGGGCUGGUCCGGCCAAGCCAAGCAAAACGGAGUUGGAUAUGGUCCCAACAGAGAAUGGAUUUUAUUUGAGCACCGAUCCCGUGGAUAUCAAAACAUUUAUGACGCAAACGGUAGAAGUAAGGAAGAGAAAGGUUAUAUUUAUUUUAUGAUCAUUGCAGGAGGUGGAAGCAAAGAUCAGAAAAGAUGCGAGCGUUGUAAGACAAGCCGCAGAAGCCGAAGAAGAGGAUGGAACGAGUAAAAAUACAGUAAGACGGAUGAAAAGAGAAGGAAACAGUACUAUUCCAUUACAUUUUUCAACCAGCUCUGAUGACACUAAUAAAGUGAACCUUUCGAUUACGGUAAGAAAAUUGCAAUAUUACGUAACACGGUUUGGUUUAAUGAGGCUGAUGCUGAUUUUAGAUUCCAUCAAAUGAUUCCAAAGAUGUCUUUGUUCCUCCAAAGCCUUUGGAUUGGUAUGCCGGUGUCCAACCUUUGUUGUUGACACUCCCAGAUCAAUACACUAUAAAGGACAUUCACUGGAUAUCAGUAUUUGAUCAUAACGCCCAUGAAAAUGCAGCCAUGGUGCUCCUCUCGACUGAUCUGGAAUAUCAGAUACCCGGGCUGGUCACUCUAAGGCCUUUCACUCCGAACGGACCGUACAAAAUAUCUUCGGGAAAGAUCAGAGUGAGUGAAGUUGUAACUUUUUGCUUACAAUUAAUUUGUGGUUUAGCUUCUGAACACGAAAACAAUUGAAAUCGAGAACUUCACUCUCCAAACGAAAGGAGUUCCGACCUGGUUUAUGGUGGGGAAAGAUAUUCUGCCCCAUAAAGGAGGAGAGAUCUUACCCGUCUUCAACAGGUAGGCCUUUUCUGUUUUAUUAUAACUUUUGAUUUAGCAGUUCCAAUCAAUUUGAUUGCGACUCCCUGAGGGAUUACGAGAAUGAAACAGUUUCGCUGAGAUUGCCCGGAUCACUGAAUAUGAAAGAUGUCUUCUGGUUUUCCGUCUUUUCGAUAACUAAAACAACAUCCUUUGCCCACAUUUACCUCCCGUACAACGAUCUGCAACUUCCACCCGAUCUUUUAGGUGUUACUGUAAGUUAUUUUUACUGUAUUUCAAAACAAUUUUCUUCGGGUUUUCGAUGUUUAUUAACAAAAAAAUUUAACUUUCAGGCUCCUCGAUGUGUUUACAAAAACUGA